AUGUCUGUGCAUAAUAUUGGAAAAACCUAUCAGAAUAGAAACUUAAAACUUGUUAAGGUGAGAAUUGGCUCAAAUAAUAAGAAACCUAUUAUAUGGAUAGAUGGAGGAUUCCACGCAAGAGAACGAAGAGCACCGAUUACAGCUCUAUACCUCAUAUAUAAACUUGUAAAUGGAUACGGAAUAAAUAAUAACGUAACACACAUAAUGAAUAUUUUCGAUGGAUACAUCAUGCCACUCGUCAAUCCUGACGGUUACGAAUAUACUUUUAAAGUACGUAUGUGGCGAAAAAAUCACUCCAAGAGUGCCGUUCAUUGCGAAGGGGUAGACUUGAAUAGAAACUUUCCUUACAAAUGAAACAAUUCAUACGUAUCAUCUUCGGACAGUAACUCGCAUAGUGAAGAAUAUAUAGGACCAUACCCUCUCUCAGAAAAUGAAACUAAAGCAAUAUCUGGUAUAUUAUCAAUGAAGAAAGACUAUGUUAAAAUGUAUAUAUCGCUGCAUUCAUUUGGCCAAUAUAUAUUGUUCCUUUGGGCUCAUGAUCCACAUAAUGACAUAACUGAAUAUGAAGAUUUGAAAAUAAUAGGAGAAAAUGUCGCAGAAGAAAUUAGAAAAUUAUCCGGAACCGAAUAUAAAGUGGGCCCUUUUUCUAAAGUUCUUUUGGCGACGUUUCUGUAGAGUGACGUUCGUGACACAGUGAGUUGGCUAUCGAGAGUUUACGGAGUUCCUUCGAUACUGUAGUUGUCUGCGAUUGAAGAAGUUCGUUAGGAUUUUAAUCUGUUAU